AUGGCGCGCAUGUGUCGAGCAUCGACGGCGAUAUCGCGGCGUGCGUCGAACAGGCAUUGUACAUUGCAUCUCAAACCGAGGCAGUCGCCCACAAUUGAUACUCGAUUUCGCACGAUUUUUCGGUCAAUUUUAACAUUUUUCGGGACAAAAUGCCCGCGAGAAAUUGAAAAAGUUGGAACCACGAAGAACGAGAUGAGCUCCGACCAGACAGCGGUGAUCCGCGGAUGCAUCAAGCACAAGCUCCUUUCAUCCGGAGGGAACAAGCUGUACGUGAGCUACUACCGGCAAAAGGUGUAUGCCGACGUCCAUGAGAAUGGAUCGAUGCAAUUCCAAGGUAAGGUAUACACGAACGCGACGGCAUUGGCGCUUGCUAUGAAGCGAACGCUGAACCCGUCGAUCAAGACCGAACCGGGAUGGAUUUCGUUGUUCGCGACCGACUCGAACACAUGUCUGAAAGACAUUCGAGAACAAUGGAUCGAGAAGAUCACGCCGCCGCCUCCCACGUCGUACGCAACCGCGUCAUCCCUAGUUGGCUCCGCGUCGUCGUCGUAUACGAAAUCGCCCGCAAUCCGUCCCAAGCCACUGGUGCAGCAACCCGGUGCCGCUCCAUCGACGUCGAGUUCGACAGACAUAUGCCAAGCAUGCAAGCGCGAUCGCGGGUCCCUCCACGUCACGUGCGAUGCAUGCCACAAGAGCUUCCACCACGCAUGCCUUCCCAUGAUGUCCCUGAAUCCGUCGACUACGCCUUGGUACUGCGACGGCUGCAUUCAACAGCACUGCGCGAUCAUUCUUAAAUUUCUCUACGACUUGCGCCACGUGGCCAAGCAUUGUGACGCCCCGUUCCCUGCAACGCCUGUGCCCGCAGCGACUCUCCCAGAUCGAGAGGCGGCCGUUUGUGACGCCACGGCGAGCGUAGAAGUUGAAUCUGCUGUAGUUGCAGACGGCGCCGCCACCGUCGCGCAGCCCCGCCCGACGCUGCUCGCCCACAUCAACCACUUAAUUGACCAACUGGAGUCGCCCGCGACGCGCAUGAACGUGCUGGCCAACAGCACGGGCGAGCUGCUCGUGCACUUGAGCAACUUGGACAUUGCCGCGGGCCUUCGGACGUUGGACGAGAACCUGGCGGCGAUCGCGACGGCAUGUUCGCGAGAGAACGAGCCGAUCGAGGACUCGAUCGUGUCGCCGGGCGUCGACGGCAUCCUGAAAGUGCUCAACUUGCGCCAUGGCAUCCUGUCGGCGAAGUUUCACGCCAAGCGGACGACGGCGGCGCUCGCGACGUUGUCCGAGAAACGCAAACGGGCUUUCGUCAAGACCCAAGCCAAGCUCGACGAAGGCUUUCAGAAGGAGCUAAAGGUGUUUAACGACUGGGCUGGCCGCGUGCAGGACGCAACGGAUGACGUCGAGAAGCAGCAUGUCCACAUCACCCACAUGAAUGCGCUCAUCGACAACUCUGUUCGCCACCGCAAGACCCUUCGUGCGGCCAGUUUGAAGCACCGAUUCAUUCCCGCGUAUCGCACCGCGACACAAGAUUUGUCGACGAGCAGCGACCACUUGCUCGUGACGAUUGUCGCGGACAAGCUCCAGGGCCUGGCAGCCUCCUUGAACGAAUGGGAGUCGAUUCAAGAGCACUUUGAACGUGUGCAGGCGACUUUGAUGCAUGAAAAGACCCAUGGCAUGUCGACGAAACACGUCUCGACGACCGAAGCGGCCGACGCCACCGAGCCACCGCUGAAACGUGUCAAGGUCGCGAUGGACCUGCCCCGGCCGCCAUCGCUCAAGCUCUUGGACCGGCAAUUGAAUCAAGUGACGAAAACCCUGGCGUCGUUGCAGAGCCAACGAACCAUGGCGCUCAAGACCUUGACCACGUUCCAGAAUUCGUUUGCACAUCGUAUUCGGCCUCCGUUGUCUGCCGAGUGGAAGGCGCUGAUGCACACCAUGGACGUGAUGGUGCGCAAGUGCCAGCCAGUGCACGCCACACCCUCCUCGACGAGUCUUGUCGGCGAUGCCCCACGCCAAGUAGCGGCCGUCGUGCGUGCACCGAGGAUCGUGGCCAAAGUGGACGGCUCGGAACACGUUGAACGGGACGUUGUCGACGACGAUGUGGAGCGCAAGGAGCAAGACGAGGAGGAUGGGCCGGAAGUGGUGUCGCUCGACGAAGACGAUGACGAACCGAAUGGCGCUGUCCGGUGCACACCUGAAGUGUACGAAGUCGAUGACGAAGACGAAGGCGAGUUGCAAGGGUAAUGGCUCGUGUGCAUACGUCGUGAUGGAAAGAUUGAAAAUCUCGAUGCAUUUUGUG